AGUUUGUAGGUUUCUCUAAACUUUUAAAACCUGCCCGUAGACAGCGUAAACCCCACCCUUUCACUUAUGAAUAACCACCUCAAUUCUCCGUUUUGAUUUGCUUUCGCUCUGUCAGUCACUUUUUCCCGAAGUGUCGCCAGCAACAAAGUAGUGUGUACAUCACACCGAGGGAUGAAGGAAAAAAAUUCAAAGGGAGGCGAAAAACAGAUAAGGUCACUUUUGCUGUCAGUUAGGUUUUUGAUAGCUAGUUUGAGUCUACCUAACAAGCUACGUUUUUGGAAAAUGUUACCACAAUGAAGAACGUUAGCUAGCCAUAUUUGGCGUUUUAGCUAGCUAAAUGUAAUAUAAAUGGCUAGCUAUCCAUUUUAGCCAGCUAGCUAACGUUACCGCUGGCGAGUAAGCCAUAUUUAGCUAGCUAGCAAAAGCAACACACGAGAGCCAGCUUGCUAUCCUAGCUAAAUAAAUAAAACGAUUUAAGGAUUCUUUUUCGGUUUUUAUUAUUUUCCUAAAUCUCCGUUGUGGUUUGCCGUUUGACAACUAGUUACUCCUUUAGUUAGCUGAUGGACAGUUUCACAGACGUUCUUUGUCACUUCUCGGGCGUUUUAAGGUAUUGGUUCUGGGGCGGCUAGGCGAAGCAGGAGACUGUACAGAUGUGGCAGCCAAGUUUGUCCCCUUGUCUCCGGGACCUGGGUUGGUAAGCACACGGCAAUUUAGAUGCGUUGGAGUUGAUGCUAGAGCUAACUACAACAUUUGGCAAGAAAUAGAUUGUUCGUUUUUGGAGAGAAACGAAAAAUAUCUAACUCAGUUAGUUAUCCAGAUGACUGUCAAGUGUUAGCUAGCAAAUUCAGUUGUCGUCGCUGGCUAGUUGCUGUCGAGUUUAGCAGAGCUAACUGGGCCUCAUUAUCUAUAUGUCUGCUUCAACUAUAUUUACCCAAACUUGACAGUUGCACGAGACUUGCAGGCUGUGAAAUACUCUGUGUAGCUGCUGCUAAUGCUACAGUAGCUCGCACACAGGCGUCUUCGAAGGAGGGCAAACUUAAUCGUAGGUAACUGACUACAUUUGUUGCAUCCACAACACUAAUUUGUUUUUACCACUGGACUGUCCAUUCUGAUUUACAAAAGGGAUCAGAAAAAUUAUUUGCUACGAAGGCGCCCACGCCUCAUUCAAGUCGGGCUUUUAAAUACUGCGGUGAUGACUUUAGAAUCCAUGAUGGCUUGUUGCCUGAGCGAGGAGGCGAAGGAGUCCAAACGAAUCAACGCCGAGAUCGAUAAGCAGCUUCGCCGAGACAAGCGGGACGCGAGGAGGGAACUCAAACUGCUUUUAUUGGGCACUGGCGAGAGUGGCAAGAGCACAUUCAUCAAACAGAUGCGCAUCAUCCAUGGGACGGGCUACACUGACGAGGACAAAAGAGGCUUCACCAAGCUGGUGUACCAGAACAUCUUCACCUCCAUGCAGUCCAUGAUCCGGGCCUCCGAGACCCUCAAGAUCCAAUACAAGUAUGAACAGAACAAGUCCAAUGCGCUGCUCGUGCGAGAAGUGGACGUGGAGAAGGUGUGUUCCUUCGAACAGCCCUACAUCAGUGCAAUAAAGAUGCUUUGGACUGACCCUGGCAUCCAGGAGGCCUACGACCGCAGACGUGAAUAUCAGCUCUCGGACUCAACCAAAUAUUACCUUAGAGAUUUAGAGCGAAUAGCGACCAAGGGGUACGUGCCCACUCAGCAGGAUGUGCUGCGGGUUCGAGUGCCCACUACUGGCAUCAUUGAGUACCCUUUUGACCUGGAGAAUGUAAUCUUCAGCUAUCUAAGCGAUCUGGAUCGUAUUGCUGAACCCAACUUUCUACCAACCCAACAAGAUGUGCUUAGGGUUCGCAUCCCCACCACAGGGAUCAUUGAAUACCCUUUCGACUUGCAAAGCAUCAUUUUCAGGAUGGUGGAUGUAGGGGGUCAGAGGUCAGAGAGGAGGAAGUGGAUCCACUGCUUUGAGAAUGUCACGUCCAUCAUGUUCCUGGUUGCCCUCAGCGAGUACGACCAGGUUCUGGUGGAGUCUGAUAACGAGAAUCGGAUGGAGGAGAGCAAGGCUCUGUUCCGGACCAUCAUCACAUAUCCCUGGUUCCAGAACUCCUCCGUCAUCCUGUUCCUCAACAAGAAGGACCUCUUGGAGGAGAAGAUCACUUACUCCCACCUGGUCGACUACUUCCCAGAGUUUGAUGGGCCCCAGAGAGACGCUCAGGCAGGCCGGGAGUUUAUCCUGAAGAUGUUUGUGGACCUGAACCCUGACAGCGACAAGAUCAUCUACUCCCACUUCACCUGCGCCACGGACACAGAGAACAUCCGCUUUGUGUUCGCUGCUGUCAAAGACACCAUCCUGCAACUCAACCUGAAGGAGUACAACCUGGUGUGAGAGAGAAAUUGAGAGAGACCUCGCACACAGCACAGAGUACACAUCUACACACACACCUGCACGAGCACACACACGCAGACACAUUCACCAACAUGCAUUUACACACACACACACACACACACACACACACUUGAUCACACAUGCGUAAUAUAUUCCAGGUUCUAUUCACCCCUGGUCCCAACAUCCUCCUGCUCCUCGUCUAUGGUUUAAUUGGAUGUGUUUUUCCAGCUCCAGUCAUUCCCCCCACUCCUCUCUUCCCUGCCCACUGCAGCCUGCAUCCCUCCACUGACUUGACUUGGUGGUUGACAGCUCUUAUUUGUCACCUGGUGUGGCUUGCGUCUCUGGGUCACCCCUGUUAAAGGAGGGUGGCUUGGGGGUGGGUAGGUAGGUUGGUAGGUAGAAGUCUGUUUGAUUUGGUGGCUUGUGUGCUGGUGUGAUUUAAAGGAAGAAGAGCUGAGGUGUAGGAAAGCAGGAAAAAGCCAGUGUCCCCCCUUCACAGUCAGGAGGGUCUGUCUGCGGGAUGCUGGGGGGGGCUGGGCACCCACCAGUCUGCAGAGGGUUGUGGGUAACUGCAUAGAAUCGUUGGUGCGGGUGGUGCUGAGGUGUGGGGGGGAAGCUCAACUCUACGUGGUCUUUGAGGUGUGUGUUUUUUCCAAACCUCACGCUAGGCUAGAAGUCACCUUGCACUGUUGAAUGUAAAAAGUGUGUGUUACAAUCAAGUGGAUGCUCACACAUAGACAGAGCAAGGGUGGGAGAGAUUGUAAAUUGAUCUGUGUAUAUUAAGAAUUAUUUUAGGUGAGUUUAUUGACUAUUACUAUUGCUACUACCGCUUUCCCAAUGAUGUUAAUUAAAGAUGAACAAGACCACAGCGUUUCUCAUUUCCAAGAGGAAAGUCACAAUUAUCCAAUAGAGGAUGUAACCUACAUGAUUGGAAACUGUUAGUUUCCUUCUCAAUCCACUGCUCCCCUGUCCCUCAGACAAAACAAUUUACAUUUUUCACAGAACCCCUUGUUGAAUUGGCAGCAUCUUGUAACAUUCUAAAACGACAAUAUGAAUAAACUGCAGCUCUAUUUAGAUUGAAUUUGUCAUGAUUUGUACUCCUUAAAAUGCUGUACCAUUUGCCAAAUGUUUUGUUUACUGUAGAUACAAUCAAGUUGCCAGUAUCAGUUACAUCCCCCAAAACUUUUCAGAUACGAUGAACAAAAUCAACUCGUUGGGGAAUGGGGUGAUGGAGAUGACUGAAACCAAAUGUGUAUAUUUACAUGUGUGUCUUCUCUCAUAGUUGCAUUGAAAAGUUUGGUACAUUAAUUUAGGCAAUACUCAUUUAUACUUGCCGUACUAUACCGUUUCUUAUGGACAAUUGCCUAAUUAAUUACAAUUGUUUGAUGGUGUGUUUCUGUGAAUUUUUGUUACAUUUUGGUUAUCUUCCAAUGAAGGUAAACAACUUGCUGUACUUGUGCAGAUGACAUAAAGGAGUAGUAAGGAGCAAUAGUUUGUAAUAAAGAAAUCUUUAGUGCUGCCAGCUAACUUAAGUCACAAGUUGGUCCUCUACACAGUGUCAGUACAGCUUCUCUUUGUUAAAGGUAUUGGAUAUUUUUUCCCUAUUUGGCCAAUAUUUUGAGAAAUGGUAGUGAUAAAUAAGUCUUUUUUUUUUUUUUUUUUUGUCUAAUUUAUGGACCAGAGCUCUAGAUGUUGUUCAUCUGACUCUUCCUCCCUGCUUCCAUCUAGAAGUGUCUCCAUCAGAUGGGAGACUGGGAGAGACGGGGUCCAUAGUACUGUUAAAAAAAUACGAUUUUAACGGCAUGUGAUCUACCUUUCUUUAGAGACAUCAUACUUUGUAGUUGCAGUUAUGUUCUGCUUCAAUUUUGAAAUUAUUUAGAAUGGGAAGAUUCUUUUCCAUUUUGGGUUGGUGCAUUAUGCAAAUAGAAAAAAAGAGACUCAUCAGUGGUUGAAUUUAACUGGUCUGUGCUUGCAUUUUUGUAAUUUAAGAUUUUAAUUUGGUAUUGGUUUUUAAUCCCAUAUCUUGUCUUUUGCUUGAUAGUUAAGAUUCCAUAGCUAACAAUAUGUCGAUAGAUUGCUAUUUUGUCUUUAACGUAAUUCAGGUGAGUUUUCAUAACUUUUCAUUAUAAGGGCUACUACUAGCAAAGUUGACAGAGAAUUAAAGGACUCUAUGGAUGAUAUAGAGCAAUAGGUGCAAUUAAAGUGAGUGUUAAGAAUCAGGGAGCCAGUGUUGGGGUGUGUUGAUGCCAAGGGGAAGGCCAUUGCCACAGGUUGAGUGCAAACUGUCCAGGGAUGCCAGUUGGUGAUCAUUGGAGGAUGAAUUCUGCUGGCUAUUUGCCUGUAAACUUUGACCAGCCCGUUUGGGCCUGAGCAGAGCCUAGUAAAACCACGAGGGGAUCUCAUAGCUGCCUGCCUCAGCCAAUCUUUAGUGUGCUCUUCCGUUCCCACCUACCAUUCAUGUCUUCAGCUUGGCUUUAGUCCAUUGUUGUGGAUGGUUUGUGUUUUAUGUGCCCUACUAGUCAUGUUUCUAUGCUUGACAUUUAUAUACUAAGAAAGACCAUGACUGGAAGACAUGUGAUUGCCACAGUGCUAUUUGCACUCCAGAGAGCGUUGGGUGAGAGCGGUUAGGUGAAACUUAACACUUUAGAGCGUUAUCAUGAUGACAGACUUGUUUUUCAUAUCUUGUAUUUUUGGUGGCAAAAAUAAUGGCCAAAUUGAGUGCAGGGUGCCCAAAUAUUUUUCGCAUUCUACUGUACAUGGCAAGCACUUACCCUGCAAAGUGAAGUUUGUGCUCUGUUUAAGAUCUUGCUGUGUGUUUACAAUUACAUUGAAUUGCAACCUAAGAAUGUUUUGCCCAUAAUGUUGGCUUGGGUAUACUUUUCAGUCCCCCUUAACUAAUGUCCACUGUAUACUAGCCUGGCUGAAAGGUCCAACGUUUACCUUUCCUCUACAUUCUCUACCCCAGUUGUUAAAUGGUUUGUGCAAUUCAUGGAAAUAUCUGUAAAUGUUGCUUUCACUGAAGGUGGAAAAGUAUGACCUUUUUUGGACUUAAUUAAGUGCCACAGUGUUUUAAAAAUGUUGAAACAUGUUGGACAUUUUGUAAUACCUUGUCAUUUGGCCAACCCACGGUGGAUGCGGCCUUGUCGUGAAGGCAGCUUGUGAGUUGUCAGGGAUGUUUGGUGUUGCACAACUUGUAUUUGAAGGCCUUUCUUUGUUAAUGGUCCCACACCUAAUACUUUUUAUAUACCACAUUAUUUGUGAACUGUACAUGAAAAGCAGAAAUAUGAAUGCUUCCUGUACAACUGCAGAUGAGGCGUUCAACUAAAUUUGAACAGACGUUUUGUCGUGAUUGCAUAUGUCUGAACGGAUGUUUUUGGUUUAACUUGUUGAGCUUGUAGGCAAGUUUUGAUUUCUCUCAGGAGUACGAAAGUCUCUUGUCAGGGCAGGCUGGAUUGAGAUGUUGCCAGUGGUAAUUCAGAUCACCACCAACAAGGCAGCUUGUUUUUGAAUUGUUUUAGUGGUUACUGCUUCUCUGCUGCUCUGUUACCUCAAGAAGCACACUCCAUCCCCUUUGACCUGUGGUUUACUUUCUUAGGUAGAGUAGGGUUUAGUUCUACACGUGACACUCAUGCUGGGCUCUCUUCAUGCUUGUAACCCCCAGUGGUUUUGCAUUAAUUUAGUUACAUUGUACACCUUUUGCUCUCUACUGUAGGUAUCUGUAUCAGCUUGUGAUCCAGUGGUUUUGAAGUGUAUGAUGAGCUAUGUGGUUACUUCACUCUAAAAAACACUUUACAAAUGUCUGGCGCAGGCCUCCCUCCCUGCUGUUGGCAGAUAUGAGAAUGCUACCAUGGGUUUUCUGAGCAUACAGUCAGUGUCAGUUUAAACCAAAUACAUUGGUUUUCUCCACAUGUGGACUAUGGACAGUGUGUAUGUAGCUAUGUGUUAUGUGCACCCUCUACAGCACACUAAUUGAACAUCACAAUAACUAGUAAGAGAACACGGAAGAAGUACUGUCGUCACUAAAACCAGCACAGUGGGGAUCGAGGAAGGGAUACACUACUAGAGGCAAGUCCAUGCCAUAGACUGACUAGCACUACAGUAUAUACAAACAGUUGCCACCAUUUUUCUAUACAGUUCAUUUUGAAAUAAGCCUGUUAAACUUUAUUUAUUGUAAUGCUUUGCCAAGUGAAGGUACCGAAAGAGUAAAAUACUGUAGCAGUUGGAUUCAUCGGUGAAUUAAUUAAUAUGGUGUUUUUUAGAAUAUCAGCUGUCUCCUCUUACUUGAUCUUUAAUCCUUUCUUUCUCACGGGUCAAUGCACUGAACCUGCGCUGCAGCAAUGGGACUUCCUGCAUUCAUGCAACUUACAUGUUCAUUCAAGCACGUUUUGUUGGUACUAUGAGAUGUGUAUACACUUUUGAUGGUUAAUGCUUUUUCUUGAGAUCCAUACUGAUGUGAUGGAUGCACAGAAAUGCUAAAAGCUCUUAUUGCAUCUUUUUGUUUCUUUUGUAAGGCUGAUGCAUUACCUGAACUCUUGUAUUUAGGAGCACUUAAUAUGAUAGAUUUUUAAAUAAGAGGUUAAAUAAACUUUGUGUAGUGGUGUAUAAAUUGAAAGUAAUGUAUUUUUUUUCUUAAGUAUACCAAAUGUAAAUUAUGUACAAUAAUGAAUGUGCCAAUCCCCUUUCUUUGUAGAGCCAGACUCUUAACAAGUGCCAAUGUUGUGAAAAAUCAUAAGGACCUAUGUAUUUCAUGGUCCACUUUUUAAAACAAAUAAACACUAAGUAUGUGAUUAAGAUGAAUAAAUAAAUGAAAAUGAAUGAAAAAGGUGAAUUUUAUUCUGUAUUUAAUGAUAAACUGCUGUUUUGAAAGAAAUCACAUUUUAAUUGCACGUGGGGGGAGGGGGAUAAACUGUAUUAAUGCGACGCCCUCCAGAAAAGGGACCUAAUGGGUAUUGAUUUACAGUAUUUUAGCCAUAUUUCUCUUUUGUAUGUUUCAUUUCAACCACUGUUGCCUGAACCUCAUUCAAACAUGAAAAUGAUUUUCAUAGCCUUCUCCUUUAAAGAAAAAGUAUCUGUUUUAAAUUGGAAUAAAAUGUGUUCCUAUA